GAAAAUCAUCCUGAAGUAUCUACUGCCGCUUUUAUUCUUGUCCACAAGAUGGGGCAUACAUGUCUCAGGCGUAGAUUUCAUCGUUUGGUUGGCAGCCCAAUUUAUAAAAACAUUCUGAGAAUACUUGUCUUUCUUUCGUUAACCACUCCAUAAUAUACUUCACAAUGGACCAAAUCUACUUAGCUGCAGGCCUUUUCUCCUUCUGUGGUAUCUUGGCAUGGAGAUACUAUAGCAACCGCAAAAAGAGUCCUUAUCCUCUCCCACCGGGACCCCCGGCUGAUCCCAUCAUUGGGAGCAUGCGAUACAUGCCCACAGAAAGACCAGAAUUGGCUUAUAUAGAAUGGGGGAAGAAGUAUAGUAAGUGUCAACUCAGUAAAACAAAAUAUGGGCUAUGAGAUGAUAUCAAGGUUACUCGUAAGCUCAUGUUAUCUUAGACUCUGAUAUCCUCUACAUCAAUGUCCUUGGCCAAUCAAUGGUAAUACUUAACAAAAGGGAAGAUGCAGUAGAACUGCUAGAUCGAAGAGGUGCAAAGUAUAUGGAUAGACCCCCUUUACCAUAUUUUGAUGAGUCUGUAUUUAUUGAACGCCGUGCCAACCUUAUAACUAAUUCUUGUGAAGGCUCGGGUUUGAGGGCAUGGUAACUUCUGCAAACAAUGGGCCAUACUUCAGAAGACACCGCAAAGCUUUUCAAAAUGGAUUUACACAAACCAAAUGCAUACAAUAUCAGCCACUAGAAGAGAACGAAGCCCGUCAGCUCGCAAUGAGGCUCAUAACCGAUUCUGAAAGUUGGAUGGCUCAAAUGGUAACGUACGUUGCUCCAUGAGUGUUGUUUGUGUGGUACUUGCGCAAACUAAAACACGAUGUGUCUAGUUUCUCAACGGCAAUCAUCGCGAAUCUGGCGUAUGGAAUCGAAGUCAAUGGAAAAGAUGAUGAUUUUGUGAAAUGGUCUGAGGGUGUUGGGAAAGGUGUUGGUGGUGGCGCGUCUGCCAGUGCAACAAUGGUUGACAUUUUCCCCAUUAGUAAAGAACUCCAUCCAUUCUCAACGCCUGACUGACUCUUUGAUAGUUCGAAACCUGCCCCAAUGGCUUUCUAUUUUCCCGUCUUUGAAGCUCGCUCGAGAGUGCAGGCCAUAUGUCAAAAAUAUUCAUGAGAUGCCCUUUAAUAUAGUCAAGGAUGACAUGGUAAAAUCAAGGAAUCCCAGGGAGAAUUAGCAACUUCUAAAUAUACACAGGAAAAAGGGAUCCAAAAGAUUUCAUUCAUCAGGUCGCUGCUCGAGGAACGCGCCUCUGGUAAAGUAAAACCGGUUGACCAACUCAAUGAUUACGAUAUUACUAGCAUUGGUGGCACAACCUACGCAGCAGGGAUGGAUACAGUAAGUUGAGACCACUAUUUAGGUCUUCAAGAUGAACUGACAAGCUUCUGAGACCUGGUCUACCACUUCUAUAUUCGUUCUCGGCAUGAUUCUCAAUCCGGACACUCAACGAAAAGCACAGCAAGAGAUUGAUUCUAUUGUUGGCACUGAUAGACUUCCGACUUUCGCUGAUCGCGCAAAGCUUCCCGCCGUAGAAAGAAUCGUAUUAGAAACGUUUAGAUAUAAUCCAGUUCUCCCACUGAGUGAGCAUGUUCUUCUUCGAAAAACCUCGUUUCUCUUAGGCAGAAAACUUCUAAUUAAACGUGAUAUAUAGACAUUCCGCAUAAAUCCACAAUGGAUGACAUGUUGAAAGGCUAUUUCAUUCCAAAAGGUAGAUCACUUACCCCCAUGAGCAUAACCAGAAACUGACAAUCCAUAUAGGGUAUAUCUAUCGUUCCUGCCACCGAUGCUAAGACUAACAUGAAAGCAGGAGUCUAGUAAUAGUAAACUCCUACGCAGUUAAUCGCGACACCUCCACAUAUUCCUCCCCGGAAUUGUUCAAUCCAGACCGCUACAUUCCGGUUUCCGAAGGAGGCGAAGGUGCCAUUCCACCAGUUGGCCAUUUUGGCUUCGGUCGUAGAAUUUGUCCAGGUCAAAAUCUUGGAUUGAAUAAUGUGUGGAUAGCAGUUGCGACAACACUAGCGACAAUCAAUAUCCAAAAGAAGAAGGAUAAGAAUGAGAGGGAGAUAGAACCCGUUGUAGAGAUGACGACAGGCUUUGUUAGGUAAGUGAUUUUCGAGAGAAAGGCAGUAUGGUGAUGAUGCUUAUUUUGAGUCUAGUCAUCCCAAAUAUUUUCCUGUUGAAUUUCAACCAAGGUCCGAGAGAGCGGUAGAGUUGCUUAAGAAAUUGUGAAUGUUUGUUGAUUGUGGUUCUUUAUGGGUGGCCUUUAUGGGUGGUUUUUAUAAGUUGGUUUUCGCCUAUCGAGCUUGUGUUUACAUUCGCUAGUUAUAUUCAUAUUUCUCGGCAAUAUUAGUGUUACAUGAAUAUUCAAGAUGAUUGGAC